GUUGCUGGAUGUUCUGGCCCUCGAGGAAUUUGUACAGAGACAUGAACACCCUAAACUGUAUUCGGUACAUCGACGCCUGGAGACACAAGCAACAUGAAUAACUUUGAGAAAAUGCGUGAACGAAGCGAGGCCUGGGACAGCUGUCGAGAAGUUCCCAUUUUUGAAGAUGAACAGCGACCAAGGAAGCUACGCACCUGCAUUCAGUUUCUUAUCUGCAGCUUUACUGGCCUCAUGGUCUUUGUACUGGGGUUUUUCAGCAAGUCAUCCCUUCUGCUGUUAAUAAUAGUCGCAAACGAAAACUCAACAGCCGUUUCCACCAAGCCGUAUGCGCUGCUUUUCCUCGGCUGUGUCCUCGUUACACCGAGUGUGUUGUCACUUAUUAAAAGCUUGUGGAAAAUUAUAUUUAAAGAUUCGAAGAUGCCCAGAAUGCCAACAGUUUUAUGGGUCGUCUUUACCGAGUUCUUUGUGGCCCUCGGAACGGCUGUACUCACCAUCGUCGCCAUGCCAAAGUUUGACAUUCUCACCAAUGUGAUGAUGCUGAACAGUGUGGCCAUCCUAUCUGCUGUACUUCAGGUGGCUGGAAACAUUGUCAUGAAAGAGCGCAUAAGGUUCAUUACAACCUCCAUUUUUGCUGUAAUCUUCAUCACUCUUGGCUAUUCGCUCUUUGUUGCUGGAUAUUGUGUGGAAGCAGCGAAGUACGGCAGCAUCCCAAUCACACCCGUUGGACUGGCUAUCGCAGGGACUUUGUGUGUGUCCUUAAACUGGUGGGAGAACUACAGCAUGCUGUUUAAAAGUCACUUUCUACAAAGUGUCUCAGAAGACAUUAAGAGGUCCAGGAAUAUCGUCUGCAUUGUCUCCAGUUUUGUCCGAAUCGGAGUCAUUGCAAGUGUACUUGGGGCCUACGUCAUACUCUCUGGCCAGCAGUGGUCGUCUGUCCUCUCGGUGUCGCAGCAGACGAAAACUGUCGUCCUGAGCCUCUUUGCCGUUCAGGUCAUUUCCACCAGCCUCUGCCACUGGUUUGCUCUGGUGGCCUGUAAGAUGCACGCUGUCCGCCGGAGCUUUGUCAUCCCCAUGUGGAUGGUCUCCCCUGCUGUGCUGGUUGGGUUUCUGAUAACCUUCAUCUCCCACUUCCAGAGCUUUGUCUCGAGCAGCUCAACUGCGGGCCGCUCAGUUACCGCAUACUGUGAAACCAUGGUAAAGACAAGCACGUCGCAGCUUGAUGCUUAUUCUCAGCUUAUCAUGGACGCAAGGCGUACUCUGUGCUCCAGAUCGUCUUUCAUGGAAGGAAACAUACUAGUCCAGGGUCUGCUGGGCAGCUCCCUGGCUUGCUGGUGGAUCGGACUUGUCCUCUGCACUAUCUACACCUGCUUUCUGAAGGUACACCGCAUUGAAAGGACACGGGACCUGUUUGUCCGUCGCCACUAUGAAGCCGCUUUCAUCGACCAGUCCAUGCUACUCAACAUGCGAUUUGAAAUCCACUUUUGCAACAGAACUCAUAGUGACUAUGAAACAAUGACAGUCUUCUUAUGUGCAACAAUGUGGCACGAGACUUAUGCUGAAAUGAUGAAAAUAAUCCUUUCCUUAUUCCGGCUUGACAGCUUCAGACCAAGGAGAAACCCUUAUAAUGAUGUCAGUUUUGAGUUCCACAUUUAUUUUGAUGAUGCUUUUCAAGAUGUGGAAAAAAGGAAGGGGCGUCAUGUAAACGAAUAUGCAGAAACCCUGUUGGUGGUCAUCAAGGAAGUCUACAUGAUCUUCAGUAAAGAGAAUUCAGGUGUCUUUAAAAAAAUGACACGAGUUCCAAGCCAGGAAAUCAUCCAAACGCCCUAUGGUGGUCGCCUUCGUUACACCCUGCCACACGGCAACAUUUUGAACGUUCACUUAAAGGACAAAAACCUCAUCCGGAACAAAAAGCGAUGGUCUCAGAUCAUGUAUCUGUAUUACCUACUGGGCUGGAAGCUGAAGCACAAAUAUUUUUUGAGGUAUAAACAUGGACAGAAGAAGGCCACACUAGAGAAGAAUUUAAUGAAAGAAAAGCGGAACAUGUGCAUUUUGGCAUUAGAUGGAGAUGUAGACUUCCAGCCAUCUGCGGUCAUGCUUUUGAUUGACCGUCUUCGGCUAUACCCUGAAGUCGGUGCAGUCUGCGGUCGGAUUCACCCAACAGGCACUGGACCCAUGGUGUGGUACCAGAAGUUUGAAUAUGCGGUGGGCCACUGGCUGCAGAAGUCAGCAGAGCAUGUUUUUGGCUCUGUCCUCUGCAGCCCUGGUUGCUUCAGCCUCUUCCGAGCUGAAGCCCUAAUGGGCGACAACGUCAUGAAGAAGUACGCCACUAAGGCCACAGAAGCUGCCCACUACAUCCAAUAUGAUCAAGGUGAGGACCGGUGGCUCUGCACACUGCUGCUCCAACAGGGCUGGAGGGUGGAGUACAACGCUGCAUCAAACUCCUACACCAAUGCUCCUCAGGACUUCAAGGAGUUCUACAACCAGAGGCGGCGCUGGGGUCCCUCCACCAUGGCCAACACCCUGGACCUUCUGGGCACAGGCUCAUUGACUUCACAGAGAAAUAAGUCCAUAUCCAAACCAUACAUGAUCUACCAGACCAUCAGCAUGGCUGGGUCUAUUCUCGGGCCGGCCACAAUCUGCUUGAUGAUAGCAGGUUCCUUCUCCUUUGUCUUUGAUGUUACCCCCAGCACUAGCCUUGCUCUUGCCAGUUUGCCUCCAGCCAUCUAUUUGGUGCUGUGCUACAAUCUGAAGAUCGACACCCAGAUUACGGUUGCCGCAGUCAUGAGCAUCUUAUAUGCAUUCCUCAUGACAGCAACUAUUUUAUCUGUCAUCGGAGAAAUGGUCGUCAACGACACGUUCACACCCAGUGGCCUCUUCUUUAUCAGCAUUGUGCUAAUUUAUGUAACGACAGCACUGUUACACCCUCAAGAGUUCCAUCUGAUCAUCUAUGGAAUUGUCUAUGUGCUCAGCAUCCCAAGCGGCUACCUCUUGCUGACCAUCUAUUCCAUAGUCAACAUGAACAAUGUUUCAUGGGGCACACGAGAGACUGCCAAAUCAAUAUUCAGUGACACCAGCACCAAUGACAGGAAGUAUGAGUGGAACUGCAGGUGUUGUAGCUGGAAUGUUCGUAUCCAAAUGGACAAUGAUGACACAGUGACCAUGAAUCCACAAGGGCACCACAUCAUCCCUAGUGAGACUCAACCAUCAGAGAAACGGCUACCUAUCCAGGAUGGGUGGGAAGAAGAAUCCUCUGAGCCUUGUUGGAUUUCUCAGCUGAAAGAAAAGUCUUGUGAGCUUCCCCUGAUAGAAAUGACACUUGAUGAUGAUGAAGCAGAGUUUUGGAGGGACCUCCAAGAACGAUAUCUAAAACCUAUGAGUGAGGACAACAAAGAAAAGGAGAAAAUUGCUGCAGACCUCAAAGACCUCAGAAAUAAUGCUGAGCUCCAUCGUAAAUUCCAGUGCUUGAUGCCGGACUCCGUCUCUGCUGUUCCCUUCCAGGUGACCAUUGUCUUCUUCAUGUUCAAUGCUCUGUGGCUCGGGGCCACCUUCUUUCUCCAAGCCAUUGGUCAGUCGGUCAGCAUCCCUAUCCCCAAGCUGAAAACUGAGGGGCAUGUUGAACCUGGCCAGUACAUAUAUAUUGACCCUAUUCAGUUGAUGUUUCUGCUUGGCUUUUCCUUCCUACUUCUAAUACAGUUUGUUGCCAUGCUCUGGCACAGACUGCAAACAUUCAUUCACUAUGUUUCCUACCAUGAAACGGAGGCAAAAGCUGCAACAAAAGCAUGUAGCGAAUCUAUGGAGGAACUCAUGAAAGAGAAUAGGAACUUUCUGUAGGUUUACUGUGUUCGUGGAGUGAAACUAAUAAAAUCCUGGAGCGAAAAGAACAACGGCCUGUCCAGUACCCUGGUCCCAAGUGAACAAUUUGGCAUCGCCACACAAGACCUUGUUUUAUGAGACAAAAGUGGAAAAUUUUUGUACAGUUAAAAUCUCGUCUAGUUCUUGUUUUCCUUGCCUCCGUUAGGAGGCAUUUAUUUGCAUGGAUUUAUUCCAUUGUAAUUUUCAUUGUCUAUAUUUUUUAUCACCUGCCCAGAAGAGCCAGUCUUUGCAUUUACUUUUUAUCGCGCCAUCUUGAUUUUUUUCAAUUUCUGUGAAACCAAUACAUAAUUUAUUGUAAAUAACUCAGACUGUACUGAUAUGUCAUUAUAAUGUCAUUGUGCACACUUCACCAGCUGACAUUGUUUACUAUAUUUUUCUGCAGUGAAUCACUCAACUUAAAAAAUACAUAUUUGAAAUGUUUGAAAAUGUAAUAAUUCUGGAAUAAAAAAUAUACCCCAAGCAGGACUCACACCCCAGACUCACCCAAGAACAGGACCCAACCAAACCUAGUGCACCACCUCAACCUUCUACUGAAAUACCCUUCCUGUAAAUGCAUUCAUUUGUUUUGCAUUGAUAAUUCCACUCUUGGGUGAAGUCAAACCCUUGCCACACCUUACAGGUGACAUGUCACACGAUUUUUUGAGUAGGUGUAUGACAGCAACUCUUGUACUGAUCUUUGUAACACAGUGACACAUUAUAGCACUACUAACCCAUUAUGUAAAAUGUCAUGACCUGUUAUUUUUUUUAGUGGAUGCCUUCCUUUGUCUAUGGCGACUGGCUCCAGUAAACAGUCUUUCUCUGUACAUGAUCACAACUAGGGAUUAUUUAUCUGCUGUAAGUGUCAUGUGAGAGACCAGGUGGGGUUUCAGGUACAAAAGUUAUAUAUGUACCGCUUGUUCACAGUUAUCAAUGACCACGAGCAGGAGUGGAGCAAAGUGAGUUCAUACUGUUGCUAUAAUAUACUCACUUGAGCUGUGAUCAGCCUGAGCCUUGACAACAUUUCCUUUACAAGAAACACCACCUUAAUCACUGAAGGUGAAACCCCAUAGAAGAGAC